AAAGCCUUUCAUACUGGUAUGAUGGCUUGUGUUGUCGAGGAUGGGUCAAAGUCAGAAAUGUUUGCAGUAAACAACGGAGUGAAACAGGGCUGCGUUCUAGCACCUACUCUUUUUAGCAUUUUGUUUUCCGUGGUUUUAAAUGAUGCCUUCAAGAACAUCCGAGAGGGUGUUCGAGUUGAGUUUAGAACUACUGGAGGUGCAUUCAAUCUCAGGCGCUUACAAGCCAAAACAAAGGUUUCUAAGAGUCUACUGAGAGAACUCUUGCUUGCUGACGAUUGCGCAUUAGUUGGUCACACAUAUGAAGACAUUCAACACAUUGUCAACUGUUUAGACAGAUCAACUAAACGUUUUGGCUUGAGUAUCAGCUUGAAAAAGACAGAAGUGCUUUUUCAACCACGUCCAGGCUCAAACUAUAACCCUCCUCCAGUUAUGAUUGGUGAUCACCCAUUGUCUUAUGUCAGCAAUUUCAAGUAUUUGGAGCUAGCGCGCAUGGUUGGUCGGUCGUUGGCUACACCCAGAGUCACACCGAUAGCUUGA